AUGGCAGGUCCGUCGGGUAAACGUAAGUACGAGGGCGAAGUGAAGGAAACCGCCGACGCCGCCGCCACCGUUGGUGCUGCUACUGUGCACGGGACGAUCGACUCGCCGGUUUACAAUGGCCCGAUGGCGAAAACAUACCCGUUUGAGUUGGACCCGUUUCAAGCAACCUCGGUAGCGUGCUUGGAGCGGCGCGAGUCCGUGCUCGUGGCAGCGCACACGUCGGCGGGAAAGACUGCCGUUGCGGAGUAUGCAAUCGCGAUGGCGUUUCGCGACAAGCAGAGGGUCAUUUACACGUCCCCUCUCAAGGUAGGUCGAACCAAGUCGAGCCCCUCUGCCCUCCUCCCCCCCUCCCCACAUACACUGCAGGCUCUGAGCAACCAGAAGUACCGCGAGCUGAGCGAGGAGUUCAGUGACGUGGGGCUGAUGACGGGUGAUGUCACCAUCGCUCCCAACGCAGCCUGCAUCGUCAUGACCACCGAAAUUCUUCGUUCCAUGCUCUACCGAGGCUCAGAAGUGCUUCGGGAGGUGGCUUGGGUGAUAUUCGACGAGAUUCACUACAUGCGGGACCGGGAACGGGGCGUGGUGUGGGAAGAGAGUAUUAUUUUCCUUCCUCCGGAUGUGAAAAUGGUGUUUUUGUCGGCUACGCUGUCGAACGCGCGGGAGUUUGUCGAGUGGAUUACAUAUCUGCAUAAGCAGCCGUGUCACGUGGUGUAUACGGAUUACCGGCCGACUCCCUUGCAGCAUUUUGCGUUUCCGUAUGGCGGGGAUGGGCUUUAUCUUAUGGUGAACGAGCAGGGGAAGUUCAUUGAGAAGAAUUUCAACCGCUUAGCUAAGAGUUUCGCUAAAGCGAAAGAGGCGGCGGCGGACGCGAUUCCAGAAGCUGCUGGCUUCCCUACCCUCACUCUCUCUCCACCCUCUCCACUCUUGAACCUGAACCCCUCCCCUCUCUUGAACCUGAACCCCUCCCCUCUCUUGAACCUGAACCCCUCCCCUCUCUUGAACCUGAACCCCUCCCCUCUCUUGAACCUGAACCCCUCCCCUCUCUUGAACCUGAACCCCUCCUCUCUCUUGAACCUGAACCCCUCCCCUCUCUUGAACCUGAACCCCUCCCCUCUCUUGAACCUGAACCCCUCCCCUCUCUUGAACCUGAACCCCUCCCCUCUCUUGAACCUGAACCCCUCCUCUCUCUUGAACCUGAACCCCUCCCCUCUCUUGAACCUGAACCCCUCCCCUCUCUUGAACCUGAACCCCUCCCCUCUCUUGAACCUGAACCCCUCCUCUCUCUUGAACCUGAACCCCUCCCCUCUCUUGAACCUGAACCCCUCCCCUCUCUUGCCAGACCUCGAGGAGGAGAGCAAGAUGGUGAAAGAGGUAUUCAACAACGCCAUAUCAGUGCUCCCCACAGAAGACCAGGACCUCCCAGCAGUGCGCCAGAUGCUGCCGCUGCUGCAGAGGGGCGUGGGCGUGCACCACUCGGGGCUGCUGCCCAUUCUCAAGGAGCUCAUAGAAAUCCUCUUUCAAGAAGGGCUUCUCAAAGUGCUCUUCGCCACUGAAACUUUCGCCAUGGGUCUCAACAUGCCGGCUCGCACCGUGGUCUUCACAGCCACGCACAAGUGGGAUGGCGAGGCCAACCGGGCCAUGCACUCGGGGGAGUAUAUCCAGAUGAGUGGGCGAGCAGGGCGGCGAGGCAAGGACAGCAAAGGGAUUGUCAUCGUGAUGGUCAAUGAGGAGAUGACCAUGGAAGCGUGUAAGGAGAUGAUGCUGGGGAAGCCAGCCCCCUUGGAGAGCUCGUUCCGCCUGACCUACUACGCGCUGUUGAACCUCAUGGCUCGAGCGGAGGGGCAGUUCAACGCAGAGCACGUCAUCGCACACUCGUUUCACCAGUUUCAGCAUGACAGGCAAGUACCAGAGGUGGAGAAGAGGAUCAAGCAGCUGCAGGCAGAGGCCGAUGCGCUGGAAGCUGGGACUGAGGACGAGAUUCGCGAGUACCACGCGCUGCGCCUGUCCCUGGCGGAGAAGGAGAGGCGGCUCAAAGCAGAGGUGCUGCGGCCUGAUCGAUGCCUGCACUUCCUGCAGCCGGGGAGACUGAUCCGGGUGGUGGAUGGGCUGGACGACUGGGGGUGGGGGGUGAUCGUGAACGUGAUGAAGCAGCCCUCUCAGAGCAACACCAAAUCAGCCGUCAUCGCCCCCUCGCCCACAGCCUCUGCUGCCGACGCUGCACCGCUCUCCACCACGGCAUACCUGGUGGACACGCUGCUGCUGUGCUCGCCCGCGGUGGACAGUGGAGGAGCGGACGGCUCCACUGCCCAACUUGUGCCACGCCCGUGCGCCCUAGACGGGAACGGGGACAUGCACGUGAUCCCUGUAAAGCUCCCAGCAGUUGCCAGAAUAGGGGCGCUCAGGAUUGCUCUCCCCACGGAUCUUCGCCCCAAGGAGGCCCGCCAGGCCGUGCUGGACACACUCAGGGACGUCACCCAGCGGUUCCCUGACGGGCUGCCGAUUCUAGAUCCGGUGGAGGACAUGGGCAUCACGGACGAGUCGUUUCUGGACUUGGUCCACUCCAUUGACCAGGAGGAGAGCAAGCUGGCCACGCAUCCCCUUUUCAAGGCGGAGAUAGCAGAGCAGAAGCUGGAGGUGCUCAAGAGGCGAGGGCAGCUGCUGGCAGAGGCACAGCGGCUCAAGAUGAAGACAAGGGAGUCACAGCUUUCGCUGUUCAAGUCCGAGCUGAGGAACCGCUCACGGGUACUCAAGCGGCUGGGCCACAUCGACGCAGACGGGGUGGUGCAGCUCAAGGGCCGGGCGGCGUGUGUCGUCACGACAGGCGAUGAGCUGCUGGUGACGGAGCUGAUGCUGGAGGGGGCUUUCAAUUCCAUGGACCCGCACCAGUUGGUUGCUGUUGCCAGCUGCUUCUUGCCUUCCGAAAAGUCAAAUGAGGAGCAGCCUGUGGCAGCGGACUUGAAGCCGCAUUACAAUGUCCUAAGGGAAGCAGCGCAGCAUAUAGCACGGGUGCAGAUUGAAGAGAAGAUAGAGGUGGACGAGGAGGAGUACGUGGAUCAAUUCCGGCCGACGCUCAUGGGCGUGUUCUACCAGUGGUCCAAGGGAGAGUCAUUUGGCAAGGUCAUAGACAGCACGGAUGUGUUUGAAGGAACGAUUGUGCGUGUGGCUCGACGACUCGAUGAGCUUCUAAACGAGAUGAAGCUGGCAGCUCAAGCCAUUGGAGAGCAAGCUCUUGUAGAUAAGUUUACCAAGGCUAGUGAGAGCAUUCGCAGAGGCAUUAUGUUUGCCAAUUCGUUGUAUGUUGAGUGA